UUGGUUCCGGAAAGCGCAAGAUGGCUUGUGACUAAAGAGCGUUACGAAGAAGCUGACGUCAUUUUGCACAAGGCCGCACGUAUUAACGGAUCAUAUGUUCCAGAAAAAUGGUGGGAACAAUUAGAAAUCAGUCAAAACGGCAAAUACACCUCAUUUGGCACGAUUGACCUCAUUCGCACCCCAAAAAUGAGAAUCAGAACGCUUAUCUGCUUCUUCCUCUGGCCUGUCAAUACCAUGAUGUACUACGGUCUCACUAUGAAAAGUGAUCUUGGCGGUGGUAACUUGUAUGUGAAUUUUGCCAUAAGCGCCGCUAUGGAAAUCCCAGCUCUUCUUCUCGUAUAUUUCCUGAUUGACCGUAUAGGACGUCGACAAAUGGUCUCAGGAAGUUUGAUGAUAGCAGGAAUUUGCCUUGUCUUGAACUGGAUUGUAGGCGAUGAUGUCUCAUUCUACUGGGGAAUGCUGCAAAUGAUGAUCACGAAGGGAGCUGUGACCGUUUCGUACACAGCGAUGUACACAUAUACCUCGGAACUGUUCCCAACGGUGAUUCGUAACACAGCUGUGGGUUGCUGUUCGACGAUUGCACGCGUUGGAGCCAUCAUGUCAUCAUAUAUGGCACUAUGGCUGGUUGAAGCUUACGGAAAACUAGCAAUGGUAAUCCCGUUCUCCCUGCUUUCUCUAAUAGCAGCUAUUCUGACGGCGGUAUUCUUACCCGAAACUAUGAACAAGCCAAUGCCUGAAUCCAUAUCUGAAGUGGAAGGCACGAGGAUUUAAAC